AUGGCCGGGUCUCCUGCACUGCUCCUCCUGCUCAGCCUGGGGCUCUGCUGCACCAGUGCCCAGGGACAGAGGAUGGAGGCCAGGUUCCUCAACAGGAAUUUGAAGCACCCCCAGCAGGGACAGCAGCUGGAGCUGGAGUGCCUGCAUUACGAGAGAUACAGACCCCUCUUCUGGAUCCGCCUGGAGAAAGAUGGGAGACUUCACUUCAUUGUCUCCUGCUACCCACGGUACUCUACUACCUAUUAUUGGUGUGACAACAAAUCUACGCAGUUUGAGGCAUCACUGAAAGACAACACCUUCAGACUGGUGGUGAAGUCCUUCAGGGCACAGGAUGAGGGCACCUAUUUCUGCAUCAGCUACAUCAACCAGGUGCUGCACUUCAGCUCUGGACAAACCGCCUUCUUCCCAGUCACAACAACAACAGCAGCACCCACCACACCCGCAGCCACCGCCCAAAGCAGCCAGGUCACUACGGAGGACAUCUCCCAGCACAGCCCGAAUACAGGAAUAAGCAAUGAGAACACAUCACACUUUUGUCACAAAAUAGUCAUGUGGGUAAACCUGCCAUGUGCCUGCCUCCUGCUCCUCACUGCCAUCACCAUCACCAUCACACACUGCCAAAGAAGGCCAAGAGUCUGAACAUGCCACCACCUUCCCCACUGGUGUUUCGAAAGAAGAAAAGAUCCAUUGGAAGGGCCACUCCAAAGUCUGCUGAAAUAACUUCAUGCUUGACCAGGGUCCAGGACAGGAUUUCUCUACUCCCUUUUCCACCUGAAAUCUCCUCAACAGGCAUGAAGAAAAUGUCAACUCACCUCCUGCUGGGCCGCGUUCCUCGAUUUGUCAACCUGUACGUUGUCUGCAGGAUUUUGUCCCUCCCUUUUUGCGUGUGCCCUUGCUUAAUUCUUAGUCAUGAAUAAACUGAACACAGAC